UGGAGGGGGCGCCCGGCGCCCGGGCGCAGCUCGCUGUCGUCUGCCUGGUGAACAUCGUUCUCACUGGGCGGCUCAGCAGCGCGGUUCCUGCCUUAGCCGCCUGCAGCGGGAAACUGGAGCAGCGCACAGAACGGCGUGGUGUCAUCUACAGCCCAGCCUGGCCCCUCAACUACCCCCCUGGCACCAACUGCAGCUGGUACAUCCAGGGCGACCGUGGGGACAUGAUCACCAUUAGCUUCCGCAACUUUGACGUGGAGGAAUCCCACCAGUGCUCCCUGGACUGGCUCAUGCUGGGCCCGGCAGCCCCGCCCCGCCAGGAGGCCUUCCGGCUCUGCGGCUCCGCGAUCCCGCCUGCCUUCACCUCUGCCCGAGACCACGUGUGGAUCUUCUUCCACUCUGACGCCUCCAGCUCCGGCCAGGCCCAGGGCUUUCGUCUCUCUUACAUCCGAGGGAAGCUAGGCCAGGCGUCCUGCCAGGCGGAUGAGUUCCACUGUGACAACGGCAAAUGCCUGCCCGGCCCAUGGCAGUGUAACGCCAUGGACGAGUGUGGUGACGGCUCGGACGAGGGCAACUGCUCAGCGCCCGCCUCAGAGCUGCCAGGCAGCCUGUGCCCGGGGGGCACCUUCCCCUGCAGCGGGGCCCGGUCCACGCGCUGCCUGCCAGUGGAGCGGCGCUGUGACGGCUCGCAGGACUGCGGCGACGGCUCUGACGAGGCGGGCUGCCCGGACCUGGCGUGCGGCCGGCGGCUGGGCAGCUUCUACGGCUCCUUCGCCUCCCCGGACCUGUUCGGUGCGGCCCGCGGCCCCUCAGACCUGCACUGCACGUGGCUGGUGGACACGCAGGACCCGCGGCGCGUGCUGCUGCAGCUCGAGCUGCGCCUGGGCUACGACGACUACGUGCAGGUGUACGAGGGCCUGGGUGAGCGUGGGGACCGCCUGCUGCAAACGCUGUCCUACCGCAGCAACCACCGGCCCGUCAGCCUCGAGGCUGCCCAGGGCCGCCUCACUGUGGCCUACCACGCCCGUGCCCGCAGCGCUGGCCACGGCUUCAACGCCACCUACCAGGUGAAGGGCUACUGCCUGCCCUGGGAGCAGCCCUGCGGGAGCGGCGGCGAGGGGGCGGCGGGGGCCGCGGGCGAGCAGGGCUGCUUUUCUGAGCCCCAGCGCUGUGAUGGCUGGUGGCACUGCGCCAGCGGCCGCGACGAGCAGGGCUGCCCCGCCUGCCCGCCCGACCAGUACCCCUGCGAGGGGGGCAGCGGCCUGUGCUACACGCAGGCCGACCGCUGCAACAGCCAGAAGAGCUGUCCGGAUGGCGCCGACGAGAAGAACUGCUUCUCCUGCCAGCCCGGCACCUUCCACUGCGGCACCAACCUGUGCAUAUUCGAGACGUGGCGCUGUGACGGCCAGGAGGACUGCCAGGACGGCAGCGACGAGCACGGCUGCCUGGCCGCCGUGCCCCGCAAGGUCAUCACCGCCGCCCUCAUCGGCAGCCUGGUGUGCGGCCUGCUGCUGGUCAUCGCCCUGGGCUGCGCCUUCAAGCUCUACUCCCUGCGCACGCAAGAGUACAGGGCCUUUGAGACCCAGAUGACGCGUCUGGAGGCCGAGUUUGUGCGGAGGGAGGCGCCCCCCUCCUAUGGUCAGCUCAUUGCGCAAGGCCUCAUUCCGCCCGUGGAGGACUUUCCCGUCUACAGUGCAUCCCAGGCCUCUGUGCUGCAGAACCUCCGCACCGCCAUGCGGAGACAGAUGCGCCGACAUGCCUCCCGCCGGGGACCCUCCCGCCGCCGCCUCGGCCGCUUCUGGAACAGGCUCUUUCAUCGGCCGCGAGCACCUCGAGGACAGAUCCCACUGCUGACCGCUGCACGCACCUCACAGACUGUGCUGGGGGAUGGGCUCCUCCAGCCCGCACCCGGGGUCACUCCAGACACCCCGGCACCCUUAACGGACACAGACAGCCCUGGGGCAGCUGGGGAUGGUCCCCCCCACGCCCCCAGUCACGCACCAGAGGUGGCACCGUCAGUGCCACCCCACUCAAGCCUGCGGGACCCAGAGUGCAGGCUGGUGGACAAGGACAGGGACCCUCUGGUGGACAGCCCAGCCCCUGUGGACAUGCCUCAGGAGCCCUGCAUGGCCCAGGACUCUCGCCCCGCGGCCCCCACUGCCAGCAGCACCCUAGGCCCCCACCCAACAGAGCCGAUGGGUGUCUGCAGGAGCCCCCCGCCACCCUGCUCCCCAACAUCAGAGGUCAGUGAUGAUGAGGCCCUGCUGGUCUGCUGACCACUGGACAUGCUGGUGACCGCCACAGCCCCGCUUUGUAACCAGGGAAUACACAGUUGUUUCUACCCUG